AUGCCAAGCGGCAGCCGAUCACCCCUCGCGGCGGCAGCUCACUCAUCAGGCUUUGGUGCUGCUGUAGCUGCUGCUGAUCCUGAUUCUGCUGCUGAGCCACGAAAGCCUCCCCAAAGGGUCCCCUUAGUCACGCCCAUUGCCAAAGAGGCAACAAUAGCAGCACCCGCGGCAGCAGCAGCUGCAACAGCGAACUAUCACUUGAGCUUACUGGAGAGGAAGCUGCAACUGUGCAGCGCGGCAGAUAUUUGCCUGAUCAAAGGCACAACGUUGGCUCUUGUGUCCGUAUCUCUGGAGCCUCAGGUUGUGCAGCAGUUGUGCAGAUCUUUGCCUCAUGACCUCCUCAAGGAUUUCCCGCCUUCUCUGUUGCUGCUGCUGCACGAGCAGCAGCAGCAGCAACGGCAGCAGGGUGAGGCGGAGCAAACCUCCCUGCUGCUGGGACUAGCUGCGGCACUAGAACAGCGCUGCAGCGCCUCGAAGGGACUACCUUCCUUUGCACCCCAUGCAGCAGUAGCAACAGGGAAGGCAGCAACAACAGGAGCUGCAACAACUGUUCCCGAGUUCGCUGUGGCGGUUCUGGAGGCGCAAACGAAAAUUUUGCACAAACUGCGGGAGGCCUUGCUGGAGCCUCUUACUGAUUCGUUGGACCUUCCAUACUACGCCGAUGCGGCAACGGGCCAGCUAGCUCGGCACGCUGUUGAGCUGUUGCGGCGCAGUUGCAGCAGCAACAGCAAGCAGCUUCAGCAGCAGGUGCAUCCGCUGCAGCAGCAACUACGCAAUGCCUACCGCCGCUGCCGGUGCCUCAUUCCUGCAUCGUCGCCCAGCACUUUCCUAUCACCGAUCCUUGCUGUUGCACUGCAGCAACGCGUACUGCUGCUACACCCCCAGGUGAUGCCGCUGCUGUCGGGACUCAUAUCAGCUGCAGCAGACGUUGCAGCCUUGCUGCACUGCAGCAACAGCAGUGCUAGUAGUACCACGGGAAGUCCCGGUGCUUGGUGCCCCUUGUCUGACGAGCAGCUGCUGCACGCUGGGCACGAGCUGUUGGCAACAGCAACGCAUCUGUUUCCUUCCGAGUACUUUCAGCAGCACCAGCAGCAGCAAGUGCUGCUGCAGGAGGAUACGUUGAGAACUUUGCUGCUCGAGGCCCCCAAAGACGGCGCUUUUCCCCCCAUCAACACUAUUAACCCACAACUUACCUCCCGCCCCCUCACAGAUCGCCAGGACGCAUGGAUCGAUCUGCUGCAGCAGCUGCUGCUGCUGUUGCCGCCUGGGCGACCUCGCCUGGAUUGGGUUGUUGCUGCGGGUCUCGACGUGCUGCUGCUGCGGCUGCUGCUACGCUCCUCACUUCCCCUUGUUCGUCCCUUACUGCUGCCCCUACUGCUUGACUCCUGUGGUGUCGACCUGCAGCUAGAACAACAGCACCAGCAGCAGCGGCUGCAACAACAACGGCAGCUGCACCAGAAGUUCUUUGCCUCUGCUGCUGCAAGGGCACUUAGAGACGGCCUUCAUAUGGCCGCGUACGUCACCUUCGUGGAAGGCCUUGCUGCCGCCCCUCCUCCCUUUUCCGCUGCACUUGUUGCAAGGCCAUAUACCAAUGUGCAGCAGCAGUCUACAGCACCUUCUCUUCAGACAAGUAGUAACAGCGACAACAAGGAGUGCAGCAGCAGAAGCCGCAGCAGAAUGUGUGUGUUCAAGCAAAUGGCAGAUGCUCUAGGAGGCCGAAGCAGACACAGCAGCAGCCCAGGCACAGUGGUUGCAGAUGUGCUCCAGGUGCUGCUGCUGGAGAGGUUUCAGGGCGACGCAACGGCGCCUGGAAGCAACAGUAGCAGCAGCAGCAGUUGCUGCAGGCGGAUACGCGCUGCCUUGCUAAACCUUAUUGACCACACCACAGCAGAAGCGGCAGCAGCAGCAGCAGCGGAAGCAGCGAGGGAUUUGCCCUGUGGCUGUGAAAAGUCUGCGCAUCUCUUUGGCGCGCUGCUGCUGCUCUCAUGUCCGCAACAGUGGACUUGCGACAGGCUCUGCUUCCUUGCAUGCAACCACAUUACCACUGGGCCAUCUCUGCUGGUGCAACCGGACUGUCUCCUCGAGGCGGUUUCUCUCAUUGGGGAAGCACCGCGUCGAUUCAUCUGCAGCGCUGCCACGCAUCUGCUGUUGCUGCUGCAGCAGCAGCAGCAGCAAGAGCAGCAGCAGCAGUUACUUCGUGCCUGCGCGUGCCUCAUCGACAUGUAUGACCCCUGUCUCUUAGAAGAGUGCAACAGAACAUUGCAGCAGGAAGAGCGCAGCAGCUGCUUGCUGCAGCAGCAGGGGCACCUCUACCGCCUCCUGCUGCUACAGCGUCUAUUUUCUGUGUCCCUGCAGCAGCGGCAGAGCGCAGCAGCGGCCUUGAAGGCUCUAUUGCAGCUGCCUGCUUCUCUGGGGACGGAUCCCGUCGGCGUGGCCCUGAGGUUGUGGUCAGAGCAGAGGCAACGACAGCAGCAGCAGGAGCAACAGCAGGUCUGUGGGCUGCUGCUGGAGGAAGCAGAAGUGCAGCUGCUUUGUGCUGCUGCUGUGAAUAGGCGCCUCUGCGCCGCCACGCGUGCGGAGUCUCUGAACACUCUUCACGUGUAUCUCCACGCCAGCCCUGCAGAUGCGAGGCCUUUUCUGCGCAGCCUUUGCUGCUCCUUGCUAGCUGUACUGCCUGGGUACGUAUUAAAAGGAGGCAUUGCUGCUUCCGCUGCUGCUGCUGCUGCUUCCGCUGCCGCAGCGGCGGCAGAGGUGAGCGGUGCAGCGUGCGAUGAUGAUAAGGAGCCGUUGCUCCUCUCUCUACUGGAGCUGCUGCGCUUUGCAGUGCAUCCGCAACAGCAACUGCAGGAGCUGCUGCAGCUGCCUCUAUUGCAUCAGCAGCAGGAGCAGCACGCAUUGCUGACAGCAGCAGCUCGUGCGCUGUCGCUUCCGCUUCUACUGCUGCCUCCCAAAGAUCCGCUGCUGCACCCCGUACUGGAGGUGUACAGACACCUGCUCGGGGACGCAUUGCUGCUGCUGUGUUUCUCCAAACAAGAGGCCUUGUCUCUCGCCUGUCUGCAGCUGUGCGCUGUGCUACUGUUUCACCCGCAGCAGUCUUUGCUGCUGCCGCACCGUAUUUGCCCGAUGGCUCCGCAGGUGGAGGCGCUGCUGCGAGCCCAGCAGCCUCAGCAGCAAACGCAGCAGCAGCACAAGCCGCGGCUGGUGCUGCCGACGUGGUUGUCUCUGCGCGUCGAGCUGCCUGUGGAAACGGAGACCUUCAGCUGCUGCACUGCAGCACAAGCUGCGUGGGCUAGCCGCAGCGAAGACUUGGCGUUUUUCGUGGCUAGCCAGCUAGCCAGCGACCCUCGCGCUCUUAAAGCAGCAGCAGCAGCCGCAGCAGCAACUGCAGCCUUUACCGCUGGAGGCGCUACAGCGCCAGUGCUGCAGCAAGAUGAACCCGGGGUAGAAGACAGCAGCACACGGAGCAGCUCCCCUUCCAGUCCCCUUGCUUCCACUGGCGCUGCUGCCGCAACGGUAGCAUCGGCAACCACAGCACCAGUUACAGCAGCAGUCGAAUGCAGUGUGUGUCUCUGUCGUUCGCAGUCUGUGUAUAUGGGGUCUGCGCUGUCAGAGCCUUCCCCUGAAGGCACCAAUAAUAAAACUGAAUUUGCUCUCAUUCAUCUUAGCCUGUCUCGCCAGACAGCGCAGCAGCUGCUCCUGCCUGUACACCCCACGCUGAAGAAACUCUUGGGCGUCUUGUCACACCCUCCGCUGCUGCAGGGGGCCCUACCACCGCUGCGCAUGCAGCAGCAGCAGCAACAGCAGUGGCUAGGUGAUAGCUACUGCACACUCCCAGUUGCUCUUUCUGCUUCGAGUCCUCCUUCUGCUCCUGCUGGCGGCAACCCGCCGUCCGAUGCUACUACCUACGCCGAGGCUCUGCAGUACUGCAAAAGGAUUACGGCAGCGCUGAAGCUUCCGGGAGAUUCUGCUGCUACUGCUAUUUGCUGCCUCCGCCGGGGAGGACUUGCAGCGGCAGCAGCAACGACGCGCUGCUGCUGCUGCGCUCUGUCUGUUGGCGCUGCCAAGGGCCUACGGGCCGUUGCUGUUGCAGUGAAACGGUACACCUAUCCUUACCUGCAGCAGCUGGCGCAGCAGGUGGCAGAGACAAUGCUGGGGGCGGAGGAGCAAACGGCAGCAGCAGCAGCAGUGGGAUUGGAGGAGCUGAUGCAACAACAGCCCGCCUCUGGUGGUGCUGCUGCAGUCUGCAGUAGCGAAAUCGACCUCCUGCUGCUGGGCACGCAGCUGCUGACAGAGCUGCUACCUCUAGCAGCAGUUGCGGCGGCUCCUGCGGGGACACCCUGCAGUUGCAGCAGCAGCACCAACUUGAGCAUCAUCAGCAGUGAAUGCGACUGCUGCAGCAGAUGGAUGAUCCUCCCGAACCUUUCUCAGUUCUGUGGGAGCCUCCUUGGGGUGUCGUCGCAGCUACCGCUGCUGCGCCGGGCGGCGCUGCAGCUCGCUGCUGUUGCUUUGCCGCAUUCUCUCCCUCCACGCCCCUGCAGUACCAGCAGCAGCAUCAGGAUUUGCCUGCCUCGAGCGCAGGCAAGCGAGCUGUUGGCACUUGAUUCGACGGUCUUCGCAGCAGGCCUUGGCAACAGCAGCGGCAGCAGCAGCAGCGGCCGCAGCAACAUCCUGCUGCAACUGCAGCUGCAGCAGCUGCUGCACCUGCACUCGCGCUUGGCGGCAGAGGAUGAGGCAUCAAUGCAGGAGCAGCAGCCCCUAGCGGAUGCCCUGGAGGCUCUGACGGUCUGCGUCGCUCACAACUCAUUUGCUGUCGUUGCUGCUGCUGCUGCUGAGGCAGCAGCGGAGUGGCAGGAGCUAGCAGCAUCAAGCCCAGCAGGCCCCGCACAGGACCACUACCAGCUGCAUCAACUCCACUACCAACAGCAGCAACAGCAGACCCUCUUGGAGGCUCAGGUAAAGCUGCUGUUUUCGCUUAUGGGCAAGGCCAAUCCGGCGGUCCGCGUGGCCGCUUGGCGUUGUUUGCGGUGCUGUCUUCAAAUGGCAUCCGGCCUGUUGGAGCAGUUGCUACAGCAGCAGCAACAACACCAGCUGCAGCAACACCAGCUGCACCAGCAACAGCAGCAAGAUUUGCUGCUGCGCAUCUACUCUUGGACCUGUUCUGAAAUCUGCCAGCGCUUAUUGGUGCGAGAGGGUCUGCUGCCGGGAGGCUUUUGCUGCUGCUGCCCAUCGAGCUGCAGGGAGGUGGCGGAGGCACUCCAGUGUCUAUCUACGCUGCGCUGGAGCAGCAGACCUAGCAGCAGCAGCAGCAGCCCGAGCAACUGCAGCAUUGGUAUCUCAGCAGCUGGAAUAAAAGCGGGGUACGCGACGCCUGCUGCUGCCGCCGCUGCUGCUGCCGCAUUGGACGAGUGGGUCGCAAGUGAAUCAUUCGUGCACCGCACCUUUGCUGCUUUGCUGAGUUUUUGCAGUAGCAGCAGCAUCACCACCAGUCAUCUAGGCGCUGCGUCCCACAAGACUGCAUUAAACGGUCUCACUGCAGCUCUUGAACUCCUGUGCUGCUCUGCCCAAACUCACUCGGGUUCUUUGUUGCAGCUGCUGCAGCAACCACAGCAGCGCCAGCAGCAGAUCGAUCAGACGGGCGCAUCUGCUGUUGCAUGCAACCAAAAGAUCAGCAGCGAUUCCAGAAGCAGCAGCAGCAUCCUGAGCAGCAUUGUUGAGGCGGUGUGUCCUCGGCCGCAUCCCCUGCUGCUGCCUUUUCAUUCUGCGGCAGGCGGCCCAGCAUUCUCUGCUGCCGCUGCUGCUGCUGUUGCAGCGGCGGGCACUCAAGACGCAGCUGGUGCGUUUGCUGCUGCAGCAAAAGCAGCACCAGCUGAGGGGGCCUCAGUGUGCGUCCAGGAAAUAACGAAGUGCUGCAGAGCGUUGCAGCUGUUGCUGACGCUUCUCGAUGGGGCCGACACGCCCGGGCCGUUCCUUGGCAGCAACAACUGCGCUGUUGCUGCUGCUCCAACAGCAGCAGCUAGAGCUGACGCUGAGUCAAUAGUCUUGCUGCGGCAUGUAGAGGCAUUAGUGCAGGCGGCGGCAGUGCUGCUGCUCCGGCCUCCGCCGUGCAUCAGCUGCAGCCGCCCGUGCUGCUGCGGAGAGGAGCGUGACAACCGGCGGAGCAGGCACACUGCAGCUGUACCAGCAGCAGGAGCGACAGCAGCAGGUGUUGCUGCUGCUGGGUUCUAUCCGAGGGCUAUCGGUGAUAUUGUCCAUGAGCUGCUGCUGCUCCUGCUGCGACUAUUUGUCAUCCUGCACGAACAGACGGCGCUGCAGGUCGCCAAGCAGCUUCCAGGAGAGACAUCAGUGCUGCUGCUGCUACUCCAGCAGAGGGAGGAGUUGCAGCGGCAGCGACAGCAGCAGCAGCAACUGGAUGACGACUUGCUGCAAACGCUUCAGGGUAUCCAACUGGGCACUGCAGCAGCAGCAUCUUCUGAUGCUGCAACUGCGCAGAAGGCUGCCGCUGACUAUUUGUGGGCGUCUCCUUCUCUGUGGCUGUUUAUUGUGUUGUGCCUCCAGCCCGUGGGUGUCGGUGCUGCGAAUUCGUUUGGGGUGCCUCGGGAGGCAGCAGCACUUACAGUGUGUCUGCUGAGGCUGUCGUACGACUCUUCUUCAAAGUAUUUUAAGCAGUCCAAGGCCAAGCUGGAGGCGGAGGGGCUCCCAGAAGUCCCGCUUCCCUUCUCGGGGGGAUCUCCCUUUCAACUGCCUCCGCUGCUGCCACCUCUCCCACCUGGGCACCUGCAACUGUAUGGCGCAAAGGACACACAGCAGAAGCUGCAGCAGCCCAUCUUGCUACCUACUGAUCCGCGAAUGGCCGUAGGGCUGUUCUCAGCCGCUGCUCUGCUCCUGCUGCAGCAGCUGCGCUGCCGCAGUCUUGCUGCUCUUUGCCCUGUCACCGCACACCAGCGGACUCCUCCGAGUUUGAGGCGCCACAGUGCGGCAGCAACAGCAGCAGCAGCAGCUGCUGCUGCUUCUGCCAGCCCUGCAGGCAGCAGAGGAAGGGGUCGCAGCAAAGUCUGUGGCCUCCUUUCCCCACCCCCGCAAUUUCGACGGCAGCCGCAGCAGCAGCGCCCAUCGAGCAGUUGUUGCAGCAGUCCGAUGAAUGCCUCUCAUCUGUCUGUACACUCCAUCUCUGCAGCAGCCCUAGCAGACACCAACCAUUUUUGGCAGGAACACCAGCAACAUGCUGACUCUGCAUUCGGAGACGAGCAGCACCAGCAGCGACAGCAGCAGCAGCAGUCGCUGCUGCUGCAGCAAAACAGACAGGAAUAUCGUAACAGCUGUUUGCUCCAUGCGCUGGGCGAGGUGCUGCUGCUGCUGUUUGCGGGGCAUCCCACUGCAGCGACGGCUGCAGCUUGGACCCGCUUCAUUUCCCCUCCUGACAACAGCAGCAGAAAGCCGGUGGAGCCGCUGCUUCUUCCCGCUCAUCUGGCAGUAGCACUGGAAUGCCUUCUUCAUGGUGCUGCUGCUGCAUCUCUGCUGAACUUUGCUGCUGCGUUGGGUGCGCGGAGGCCUCAACAGAAGCCUCCGUCACUGCGGCAGCAGCAGCAGCAGCAGCAGCGGGACGACGGUGUUGGGGACUUGGGGUCGCUUCUCAGCGUCAACAACUCUGGGCGUAGCUGCGGCAAUCUUUUGCUGCAUCGAGUGCUGCUGCUGCUACAACUGCUGUCAGCAGCGUGUACCUGCACACCAGAUGGGUUUGCUGCUGCUGCUGCUGCCGCCCCUCCGCUACCUUUCGGUGCAGUGGUUGCUGCAGUCAGCGCCUUGUGGCGCCUCUGCUCUUUGCAGCAGGCACUUCUCAGCCUGCUGCUGCAGUUUCUGCAGCGGUGUAUUUCUGCACGGCAGCAGAUUUCAUUGCUGGGGGCGCCAAGCAGCAGAAGAUCUGUAGGAGCUUCAGGCUUACUGCUGCUGGAGACGGGAGAGGAGCUCUUGAACCUCCGCUUGCAGGAAGCGGGUGUUGUUGCUGCUUUGGUGGACUCUGUGUGCAACUCUCUCGGCAGCAGCAACACCAGCAGCAGCAGGAGACAGCAGAAAUUGCCGCCACGCCUACUUUGCAGCGUUCUGCUGCUGCUGCAGCACACCUUAGGCCCAGGCGUAGAGGGACCCCUCCUGAUGCAGCUUAUUGGAGCUCUUGCUGCUUCCCUGCGGCCACGGCUGCAGCAGCUGCUGCAGCGCAACACUAACAGGGCAGCUGAAGCUGCUGCUGCUAGUUCCGCCCGCCUGCAGUGGAGCCUUAGCCCCGCUGAGAUGCUCUUGCUGUCUUCACAGCUCGGCUGUCUAGGCGCAGCAACAACAUCAGCGGCAGCGGCAGCCGCCGAAAGGCAAUGCCUUGCCCCCCUAUUUGCCAACGGACCCCCAGGCUCCUCACCUGGGAAGCCACGGGCAUUUGGAGGAAGCGAUAAGGAGUCGUUGGAGGAUUUCGUGGCGCCGCUACUGCUGCGCCAGUUGCCUCUGCAGUUGGUAGCAGCCCUUUUGCACUUUUUAGUUUCUCUAACCGGAGCAACAGCACCAGCAGCAGCAGCAACAGGCGACCGUCUGGAUAUGCGCAUCGCACAGCCACAGGCAGCGAAUGAGGUCUCCUCCGUCUGUGGGUCUCCCCGCAAGUCAAAAGGGCCCCCCGUGCGUCGAGCAGCAGCGCGUGCUGUAUUGCUGCUGCAGCACACCGCCGCUUUCCAUGACGCUUUGGUUUUCCUCUUCAUGGUCCGCCUCUCCCCAGAGGUUGUCUUCCAACUGCCGCUCCACAAUUCAGGCAGAGACGCAAAGCAGCAGCAUCAACAGCAGCAGCAGCAGCAACAGCAGCAGCAGCACUGGGGGGUCGCUCUGCGCGACGCGCUAUUGUUGCUUUUGCACGUUUUCCUUUCAGACUUCCGCCCUGCCAGUAAACUCAAACAGCAUGCGGGACCCCUUCUCGCUUCACUUCAGGAUUGGAUGGGGGUUUUGCAGCGCAAGCUAAAGUUGCACCAGCAACUCCAGCUGCAGCUGCUGCACGAAAUACGGCAUUUGCUUCUAAGCAGCAUCCGAGCCCUAGUCUCCGUGGAGCAUAACUAA